GCACCGUUGGUGUGGGACGAUCAGCUGAUAGUAAGGGCAAAGUCCUCACUAGAAUACUCUUCUUUGGUUCACUUUUUCCCCACAUACUUAACAGUUUACAUGGUUUGAGUGCAUUUAUUAAACGAACAGCUCAAAAUGUCUGCUUUUAAACUAUCCCAGGUCGUAACUCUCACGAACAGAUCAUACAGCACCAAACCGCAACUAAACGAAGUAGUCAUAAUUUCGGCGGCUCGCACCCCAAUUGGGUCAUUCCUCGGUUCCUUAUCCUCUGUCCAUGUCUCUAAAUUGGGGGCAACAGCAAUCCAAGGUGCCGUUGAACGCGCCGGUAUUCCAAAAGAAGAAAUUAAAGAAGUCUACAUGGGGAAUGUGUGCCAGGGAGGUGUGGGCCAGGCGCCGGCACGGCAGGCAACCCUCUUUGCGGGGUUCCCCAAGUCGACAAUAUGCACCACAAUUAACAAAGUUUGCGCUUCUGGAAUGAAAUCCGUUAUGCUGGCGGCCCAAAGCCUCCAAGCUGGCCACCAGGAUGUGGUUUUAGCCGGCGGAAUGGAGUCAAUGUCCAACGUGCCAUACUACUUGAAAAGGGGGCCCACGCCGUACGGAGGAGUGAAUUUAAUAGACGGAAUAGUCUUUGACGGCCUCACCGACGUUUACAACAAGUUUCACAUGGGGAAUUGUGCCGAAAAUACGGCCAAAAAGCUGGGAAUCACGCGUCAACAGCAGGACGAUUUCGCAAUUUCGAGUUACAAAAGAAGCGCCGAGGCUUACGCAAGCAACCAAUUUGCGUCAGAAUUAGUCAGUGUGAGCGUGCCCCAAAAAAAAGGGCAACCCGAUUUGGUGUUUGCCGCCGAUGAGGAGUACAAAAGGGUCGAUUUUAACAAAUUUUCCAAACUUGCGACGGUCUUCCAAAGGGAAAAUGGCACUGUCACCGCCGGAAACGCCUCGACUCUUAACGAUGGGGCUGCUGCUCUUGUUCUCACAUCUGCGGACGCUGCCAAAAGACUCAACGCGAAGCCUUUGGCCCGCGUUGUGGGCUUCGAGGACGGCGCGUGUGACCCCAUUGACUUUCCGAUAGCCCCAGCAGUGGCCAUUCCGCGUCUUUUGAGCAACACCGGUGUCAAAAAGGAGGACGUGGCCCUUUGGGAGAUUAAUGAAGCUUUCAGCGUUGUGGUUUUGGCCAACCAGCAACUCCUAGACAUAGACCCGGCCAAAGUGAACGUGCAUGGGGGCGCUGUCAGUUUGGGGCACCCGAUUGGCAUGUCCGGGGCGCGACUUAUUGUCCACCUGGUCCACGCGUUGAAACCGGGCCAAAAGGGGGUUGCUUCGAUUUGUAACGGUGGUGGAGGCGCUUCUUCGGUUAUGAUUGAGAAGUUGCAAGAGAAUCUGCCGCGUAAUCAGCUACCGAAAUUAAUAUUGUACACCAAAGACCCUUGUCCUUUGUGUGACGAAGUCAAGGCCAAACUGGGGCCUUAUCUUAGUAGAGUACAGUUUGAAACUGUUGAUAUUACGAAAAAAGAGAAUGUGAGGUGGUUGAAGUUGUAUAGGUUUGAAAUACCUGUGCUUUUUUUGAACGGGGAGUAUUUGUGUAAACACAGUUUGGACGAGAAAUUGUUGGAGGAAAAGCUCAACUUGAUCGAAAACAGAUAAUUAAUUUUUCAAUAAACGGAAGAACUUGCCCGAAUGUGAGAUGAUUGAGAAAAGGAAUUAAUGGACGGACACCUUGACCCUUCCUUGAAUACAAAUCUGACGUUUAAUUUUGAAUAAAGCUUUGUAUGAUUG